AUGAGCUCACCGCAGCACAGGCACGAUGGGACUUCGCCUUUGCCUCUGGGUAUGGAUUGGAGCCAUCCCCCUCGUCACUGGGCAGGGAGGGAAACUGUUUGGCCUCAUGAUCCUCACACAGGUUGGAGUUACUGUGUUACAGUACCGUCCUGGGUCGUCCUUGCAAAGUCAAGAGAUUCAGACCCUAUAGUGUUUUACAGAGUAGUGGUCGGCAUACAAUCACCGGUGGGAAUUACAACCACAAGGACUGUAUUAAGAAGAUUUAAUGAUUUCUUGAAGCUGCAUGCUGCACUUAAAAGAGCAUUUCCACGGAAGAACCUUCCACCAGUCCCCCCAAAGGGACUCUUGAGAAUGAAAACUAGAGCAAUGUUGGAAGAGAGACGGAAUUCUUUGGAGGAAUGGAUGGCAAGAUUGCUAUCAGACAUUGACUUAUCAAGAAGUGCUGCAGUUGCAUCCUUCCUUGAACUGGAAGCUUCUGCUAGAUCAUCAUUCCAAGAUGAUGGGCAGAACAGUCCAGAUUCAAAUAUUACAGUGACUUCUACUGUCCCAUCACUUCAGUUUCAUGCAAAUUCGAGCUUGUCUGUGGUAGCUGGUAGUUCACUGACAUCAGAUUAUGGUAGUGAUACUGCUUAUGAGACAUCUGAGAUCGGAACUCCAAACCUUGGAAAGGAUAAUUCUGAAGUUGGGACAGAGGAUCUAUCACUGGAUGAUGACUUAACAAGUCCAAUAGAUAAGUUUGUUAAGUAUGGCGUGUCAAAUAUAGAUGAGGGUUUGUCUAUGGGACAUGCUAUUUUAGAGCAACUUGAAGGUCUUCCGAAACAUAAACUGUAUGCCAAAGAGAUUCAUAAUAAUGUGGUAAACAAUACUAGCAAUGGUGGUUCUUCUAAAAUCUCUCAUCAUACUGGGGAUAUGUUGGAACUUCUUUCAGAGCCAGAGCAUGGUACAGUAGGUCUUCAUGCUCGAAAAGUCUCAAGUGAGAGUAUUGGAAGUGACAGGAGCUCUCAGAGGGGCAGCGAAUUGUCGAAUUUAGGAAUUGCUAGUUCAAAUGGAUAUGUGCCUGUUGACAAUUACAGUGGGGCUGAGGCCUCGAGAAACAAUGGAACUCUUGGAAAUACAGAUUUUCAGCUUCCGGAUGAUGUACAACUGGUUCUCCCAACUGAUCAGUGCCAGAAAAUGAACAGGGUAGUUAUGUUAAUGCAACGGAGGCUGGUUGCAGCUAAAACUGACAUGGAGGAUCUCAUAUCAAGGUUAAAUCAAGAAAUUGCCGUGAAAGACUAUCUCACUUCAAAGGUGAAGGAUUUGGAAGUGGACCUUGAAACUACUAAACAAAAAAGUAAAGAGAAUCUAGAACAAGCUAUCUUGAUUGAAAGGGAAAGAGUUACCCAAAUGCAAUGGGAUAUGGAAGAACUUCGGCAGAGGUCAAUAGAAAUGGAAUUGAAGAACUCUCAACAGGGCCAAAAUCUAGGUACAGUAUCUACUAAAGCAUCCAUCAAUCAAGAGAAAGAUGCAUUGCAGCAGGACUUGGAUUCCACCAAACAACAGCUUGAAGAAUUGUUGAAGCAACAUCAAGAACUGGAAGUGAAGUCAAAAGCUGAUAUUAGAGUUCUUGUAAAAGAAGUUAAAUCUCUAAGAAGUUCUCAUGUAGAAUUGAAGCAGCUACUUAGUCAAUCACUUGAUGAAAAAUCUGGGGCCGAGGAACUCCUUCAAAGAGAGAGAGAGAGAGCUAAGCAAGCAAGUACCUCUUGGAGGAAGCUGGUACACAAGUGCAAGAUUCUUCACAAUAAGCUACAGGAAUGCCAGGUCAACGUAAUAGAUAAAACAGAAGAUAAUCUAGUCGUGGAUAAUCCAUUAGGGUCAAAUGCUUUGGAUGUUAUAGCCGCAUCUGACAAUCAUAUUGGCCUUCUAAUUGAGGAGGUGCAGCAUUUAGCCGAGGAUUCAGAUUAUUCAUCUUCCACUGUUAAUGGAGAUACGAAUCUGGAUUAUAACAUGAGCUCAGUAGACGAAGAGCUGAGGGCGACGCUAAUGACCUUCUUAGUCGACAAUGGUUUAUUGAGAAAACAGGUGAAUUCCAUUAUUCUUUGUGCUCUUAAAUUGAAAAAAUCGCAUGAGAAAGGUGAUUGCGAACCCCCUUCGGAUCUAAAUGUACAAAAUGAAGUUUCAAAUUGA